AUGCUUGGAGCCAAGGCUCUUCCAGGAAACGGGGAGAACAGCAAGAAUAGUUCGCCUUUCCGCGAGCCACUUUUUGUUGCAGAACAACCACUAGGACCAGAUGGCCGACCUAUCAUCCAGAAGGUCCUAAUUGCCAACCGUGGUGAAAUUGCGUGUCGCAUUAUCCGGACCUGCCGGAAUCUGAAUAUAACUUCCGUGGCUGUAUAUGUGCAAGAGGACUCUUCUUCUCUCCACGUGCGCGAUGCCGACGAAGCUAUUAAUAUCGGAAGCGUUGAUCAAAGUCCCGUCAAUCCGUUUCUCGAUAUCGAGUUGCUCGUUCGUACCGCCGUGUCUGCAGGUGCACAGGCCAUUCACCCAGGAUAUGGCUAUCUGAGCGAGAAUGCGAACUUUGCCCAAGCCGUGCGUGAGGCUGGGUUAAUUUUCAUUGGACCUAGUGCAAGUGCGAUGUCUACAUUAGGAGACAAGCGAUCUUCAAAGGCAUAUCUGCAGAAACAUGCACCUGAUGUACCUCUCAUCCCCGGCUUUUCGGGCUCCAGCCAAGAUGCCGAAGCUCUGAGAAGUGCCGCGGAAGAAAUCGGAUUUCCGGUGAUGCUGAAAGCGUCGGCAGGUGGAGGAGGAAAGGGUAUGCGAAUUGUGAGAGAAGUUAGCCAACUCAAAGAUGAGUUGGAGAGAGCCCAAUCUGAGGCACAACGCUCCUUUGGCUCAAGUGACUGCAUUUUAGAGAAAUACAUUGAAAGCAGUAAGCAUGUGGAGAUUCAAAUUCUUGGAGAUUCUCUUGGAAAGGUGGUAUCCUUUUUUGACCGCGACUGCUCCGUGCAGAGGCGACACCAGAAAGUGAUAGAAGAAACACCUUGUCCAUUCUUAAACGAUGAGACGCGCCAAAUGAUGAGUGCAACUGCGAUAAGGAUCGCGGAUCUGAUAAACUACGAAAAUGCCGGAACGGUUGAAUUUGUUGUGGAUGUCAAGACUGGGAAGUUUUAUUUCCUUGAGGUGAAUGCGCGCCUACAAGUUGAGCAUCCUAUUACAGAGGAGGUCACCGGCGUUGAUCUUGUCGCCCUGCAGCUAUUCACGGCAGCGGGUGGAAGCCUGGAGACCCUGCCGGCCAUGCAAGGCAUUUCUCAGCACGGCCACGCGAUUGAGUGUCGCUUGUGUGCUGAGGACCCUCGAAAAGUGUUUUUUCCUGAGCAUGGAAAGGUUCAUCUAUGGCUUCCAGCAACCGGUGCAUUGACUCCAGGGCGUGACAUUCGCUAUGAAACGGCCAUUUCAACGGGAUCUUCGGUAUCAAUCUAUUUCGAUUCCAUGAUCGCCAAGAUUGUAGUUUGGGCGCCUACAAGAUCCCUAGCUAUCGAAAAAAUGGUCAAAGUGCUCGCGGAGACUGUCUGCAUGGGUGUCAAGACAAACCAGCUUUUUAUGCAGUCGUGCUUGUUGAGUCAGGCAUUCCAUGAUCCUGCUUAUACAACUUCUUUCAUACCAUCAAACAUGGACGAACUACUCCGGCCUCCGUUUACACCAAAGAAUCUGGAUAUAGAGAGCGCGGUCUCUUUGAUUCCAGCCCUGGUUGCCAGAAAUUUGUCUUAUUAUCUACCAACUGCAUCCGCAAAGCGCAAACCUUUCGGCACAGUGCGUUCCCAAUUCCGAAACCAGCAUUUUGACUCGGUCAACAUUCAUUGCGAUAUUAUAACCACCGUUGAUUCGCCCUACCAAAGAGACCAAGACAAGAUCAAGCCCACUAUGAUGUGCAUUUGGAAGCCUCAGCAGACUAAUUGUGGUCUUGGAAGCAAAGAAGUAUGCAUUGUCCCAAUUCUGAGAGACGGCAAGAACAAGAAAGAAUCAGUCUCGGCGGCCAAACAGAUCUCCGCUCAAUAUAAUGCUAUCAGUAAAAUGUUACGAGAGGGCUAUGGACUCUUUGUGCAACCAAACAAAGUGAGUAUCGAGUCAUGGUGCCCUACAGAUGGAAAUCCAGGACGAUUGGAGUCAUGGAAGGCAUCAACGAUGGUGGUGACAAUCAACGGGAUCAAAUUGCUUGCUCAUGUCACUCUGCCGUCAACCCAUCCGUAUUCUAUGGCUGGCCAAAUCGAUAUCAGCCAACAAGUUCUCUGUCAUUUUCCUUCAAUUGGGACAUAUAUUGAAUUCAAACGUGAUACGCUGCUGUCCUUCGCGGAAAGUACACGUUUAGUAGCAAGGGCCAAUGAGUCCACUGAGCAAAAGACCGUGACUGCACCAAUGCCCUGCAAAGUUUUGUCCAUUCUCAAGGUCAACGGUGAUCAGGUGAAAUCAGGAGAGACGGUCAUGGUAAUUGAAAGCAUGAAAAUGGAGGUUAGCAUAGCUGUGGCCGCUUGCGGAAAGUUUGAAACAAAUUGGAAGCAAGGAGAUGCAGUUGAAGAAGGAAAAGUUUUGUGCUCGGUUAUAUAG